UAUAUAUUUUGAUCAAUGAAAUAGAUACUUAUAAAAGGUUUGUGUAGAGAAUUGUGUGCAUAGAAACCGCAAACAAGCCCAUGUUAUUUGUUACUGGUUAUUUGUUAUUCUUUACAAAAUGUAAAAUCGGAAGGACUUUAGUAGAACGAUGCCAGGGGGACACCACCAGCUUGAGAACCCCCGGUACAGAGACUGGGUGAGGGCGGCGUUAGGACUGAAGUAUCUUAAACAAGGUCUUGAAGGGUUUGUGACAAUAUGUAUACAAGACCAACACACGACCUUCAUUUCCGGUAAAGAAUUAGGUUCAUCGGGCGUCCAGUGUACACAAUGUACACGUGACAAUCUGCUACCAGAUCAUCCCAGAAACAACUGUAUUCAACGAUUCAGAAAUAGAUGUUUCUGCAACAACCCGACAGGGAGAAGGAAAUGUCCGAAUAAUGUCUGCAGUAGAUUCUAUGACCUUAUUGUUCUUGACCAUGACGAGAGAUCCCCGUUCUGGCCUAAUACAGAUCCGAGUAAAUGGUACUGCGACAUAUGGGAACUUGCAAAGUGUUUCCUUGGAACCCACUGUCAGGAUGAUGUGAAAUCUGCCGCCGAAACAGACUUAACAGGCCUUCUUACAAUCAUUAUCAAUAAUGUUCCUAUAAGAGGGAAAAUAGAUUGCAUUGAUAAUUUUUGCAAGGUCCGCGUUAUACGGAAUGAAAUCAUGCAUUCAGCGUCUUAUGAAAUUCAAAACGAAAACCUCACGUCGUAUUUAGACCAGAUGAUAACAGUCUUGAGUGACAAAAAGAUACUUACGGGAGACAGUGAUGCUCAAAUUGCCAUUUCAAAACUUGAAUCAUUGAAAACAGACAAGAUCUCAAUAAGCGUUGAAGAUGCAAACGAGAUGCGUGACACAGCCCUGUCGGCCAUUAAAGAGAAAGGACAAAAUGUUGUAACAGAAAUUGAAACUGUGGGAUCACAAGUUAUAGAUGAUAUUGAAUCAAAAGAAAAAGAGUUGCUAUAUAAAAUAGAUGAGCGUGAGAAAAAGAUAGACGAGAAAACAAACGAUGCCUGUAAAGCAAUAGAACAAAAGACCAUUAAAGCUGAAAUUAUAUAUGAUAGAAAAAUGAAAGAAAAAGGGCAAGAAAUAACGAAGGAAGUUAUUCAUGUCGGGUCACAAGUAAUGAGUAAUAUUGAAUCAAAGAGAGGGGACAUUUUGCAUAAUGUAGAUAUACACGAGAUAGAGACGCACAGGAAAAUAGAUGAGACAAAGGAAGAAGCAUGUAAAACAUUGGAACAAAGGAAAGAAGAAAUACUUGACGUAUCCGCCAGAAAUCUAAAGGCACUGGAAGAUAAAGGAUGUAAAAUAGAGAGCGAAAUUGAUGUAAAGAUGAAGCAACUCGUUUUGGGGUGUGAGAUGGACAAGUCUCCUUAUGAAUCUGAGAAACAAGCACUCCAAAAACAUUUACUAGACUUGUACACACAGUACUACCUUAAAACAGAAGUUUCUCCAUUCCUACCGAAUGAAGAUCAACCGCUAGAUGACAUCUUUGCACAGCCUGACAUUGAGCGGACAAUUACCGAAGGAAAUAUGACAGAAAUGGUUCAUACUUAUAGAGACUUUUUAACCGACAAAAGUGACAUUCGUUUUAAGAAUAUUUUCCUUACUGGUAGACCUGGUAUGGGCAAAUCAACAAUUUGCAAACGAAUGCUUUCUGUCUGGUGUGAAGCACACUUAGUUGAGAGUGGCGUAAAUCUAGUGAAAUACUAUGAAACCAAGCAGAUUGAUAUUGAAGCCAUGAAGAAGGUACGUUUCCUGUUCUAUGUUUCAUUACCUCAUGCAGAACCUGACCAAUCCAUCGAAGAAAUGAUAAGACAACAGUUGUUAGAUACGCAGCAUUUCGAUCUUUUAAAGACGGUCCUUGAAAAGGAGCAUGAGAGUUGCCUUGUAAUUUUGGACGGUUUAGACGAAUGGACUAUACCUAAUCGCAGGCCAGCUUCUCCACGAAUUACACCUGGACUUCCGGACAGAGAGAUUAAAAGUCAGUAUACCACUUUUUUCGCAACUAGACCAUGGAAACUCUCAAAAGUUAGACCAUCUUCGGGCGAAGUCGACGUCAAGUUGAAAAUGCAAGGACUUAACAAUCAAGGAGUGAUUGAACUGAUCAAGUCUGUCUUUGCAAAGCUUAACAAUAAUGACGAUAACCAAAAACAAACAACUAAGCAUUUCUGUGAAGAAGUAAUAGAGAAAAAUAUUAGUGCUAUUUUAAGCGUACCGCUUUUGUUGAAAAUGGUAGUUUGCCUGUGGAACGAAGGUAGAAAAUUAGACGGAUCUGUUUGCAGUAUAUAUACUUCUAUUGUUGAAACGAUACUUUCCAGAGCAAUAGAAAGGAACAGAUUUAACGCAGAUUUCGAACGAGAUUUCGAAAAAUGUCGAAAUGAUCAAAAGAAACAGAAUCUCCCCGAAUGUUUUGAUCAACAUAAAAAUUGUAAAGAAAUGUCAUCUCUGCUAAUAUCACUAUCUAAAUUUGCGUUUGACAUGCAAUUUGUUAAAGAGAAAAGGGGCGUGUUUGAUAUGAAGUCUUGGAACAAAGAACAGUUGUCAGAAAAUGACCUACAGCUUUGUCUGAAAAUUGGUCUAUUAUCGUUGACUCCAUUGCAUGGAAUAUCUGCUGUACAUCAGUGUUCGACAGUCUCGUUUAUUCAUGAAACAUUUCAAGAGUUUUUUAGCGCCUUAUACUCAUCGGUACACAAUAUAGAUGAAAUUAUUAACACUAUAUUUAAAAACUGUAAAGCUUUAGGAAAUGUAACAGAGUUACAACAGUUUUUUAUUUUUAUAAGUGGAAUGAGCCCAUCAACCCUGAAGUGCAUUUGUGAACAUAUAGCGGACAUUGCUUCCAGAGAUGAAUGUGUUCAGAAUUUUAGACUUAGAUUCUGCGCGUUGAAAGAUUUCAACUGUAAAUGUAAAGUUAUUGAAACUGUUCAGUCGAAUAUUGCUGAGUGUAUAAACGAAGUAAUCAGAAAGGGAAAGAGUCAAAUGAAGAUAGAACUUAAGGAUGUUUUCUUAGAUUAUUUUGAUAACAGACAACUAGAUUACAUUGAUCUCGAGUCUGUUACAAACGUCAACAUCUUUACGGGACAUUGUAAAAUUUCUGUUCAAGAUUUGCAAAUGUUUAAAAAUCUGAUAUGCAUGCGAUUUAGAUACUUUUUCCCAAGACUUACACUAGUAGGCAUUUUUAAAAGUUUUGUUCAUUUGAAUACGUUUUGCCUUAGCAGAGUAGAAAUUUCUCACACAGAUAUUACAGCACUCUUGUCAUAUCCCUCUAUUACAAGUGUUUACCUCGAUGAUGUACACUGUGCUGCAGAUGGUGCGUGUUCUUGUAAAACGGCUGCAACUACGAAACAAAGAAAACGAAAAGGACAAAAACCUACAAAAAUGCAAUCUACAAAAGUGCUAACAUUGUGUAUAUCCAACUCGAGCGGUGUGUUGACUCACAUACGCAGUGCUCCUGACCUACAAACGUUACAUUUGAACGAAAUAUAUACUUGUUUUGGUGGUCACUUAGAUAUUAGCGAAUUUAAAUGGCACAUAUUUGGUAGAAAUCAAUCAGAAAUGGAGCUUGAUGAUAUGAUAAGAAUUUUAUGUUCUAGUCACAAUAUUCAGAAUUUAUCAAUAGAAAAUUUACUCACUUCAAAAUAUCUCAGAAAUGAUGUAAAGCAAAUUUUCAAUCUUAUCGCACGUCUGUCUCAUUUGCACACUCUACAUCUUACCAACUGUGAACUUACAUUAACUCAACUGGCAUACAUUUGGGUGAUUCCAAGUAUUGUAGAUGUUCAACUAGAGGAAGCUGGAUGCCUAGACGACAACAUUGCAAUAAAUACAGCGAUAGAGCAGUCAAAUGUACAAUCGGUAGUUUUGCGAAACACAUUGCUGGAUCUGAGAUCCGUACGAACUCUUCCAAGGUUACAAACAUUUGUAUGCGAACAUACUGGUGUGACUUUUCUCCUGUAUAUAAAAAUAUAUAUAGAAACCAAGGGUGAGAAUGUCCGUCAGAACCUAGACGGCAUACGAAGAAGUUUAUCUGCAUGUCUAAGUCUUCGUGAAGUAACCCUCACGGGGAUAAACUUUUUCGAUACUGAAAUAACGUUUACACCGAAAUUAAAAACACUUAAAAACGUUACAUUGUCAACGUCCAGUCCGAAAAAGUUAUGGAUGACAGCUGAAGCUCUGAAGAAUAUGUUACAAAGCAUAAGAAAUCUGUCUUGCAGUGUUGAAAUUAUAGUUGAUCAUCUGUAUUUCUGUGAAGGCUGUUUUGGAGACAUUGAACAUUUCUUAAAAACACGAAAGAAUAUUCGCAUACAUACGCUUGUGCAAGAGGAGGAUGGUGAUGGUAUUUCGUGUAAGCUAAGAACGAACUGACUGGAUUGGUAUAAUAAAUUCUCCAGAUCAAAUGAAUAGAUUCACUGAAUGGCUGUAUCAUUGUUUUGAAAGAUUAAUGGGUUGUCUCCCUUCUUGAUAUACAUUCCACCUCCUCGAACCUAGGUUCUGUUGUGACAUUUUUCAGUUGUUUUAUACUACUACUAUAACAUCAAAUCAAUUUCUCUUGAAUGUGUCAGAAUACAAAAUUAAACUUGUGAUUUCAUAAUCAAUUAUGAUCAAAGUAUAAAAUGGACAAGG